AUGGAGAGACAAAUGGAACCAUUAGGUAGCUUGACCUUGCGGAAUGCUCCACCUCCAGAUUCCUUUAUUACGGUCGGGGGAGUAAGAAUCGGGAUCAAAACUACCCUAAAAUACCUGGGAAUAGUUCUCGACAGCAGAUGGGACUUUGGACCCCAUCUCCGAGCCCUAACACCCAAGCUUGUCCGAACAGCGGGGGCACUAUCCCAAUUACUUCCAAAUCUUGGCGGCCCAAAUAUAACCUGCAGAAAACUAUAUACCGGGAUCGUGCGAUCCAUGGCCCUAUAUGGUGCACCAAUAUGGGGAAAUAACCUGACGGUCCGCAAAGCUGCACUUCUGCAGAAACCACAGCGCGCACUGGCCGUCAGAGUUAUAAGAGGCUAUCGCACAAUCUCAGGGGAAGCAGCAACACUCCUCGCACAGACGCUGCCCUGGAAGUAUGAAGCUAGAGUCCUGGCACAGCUUUAUACAUGGCGCCAGGUCCAAGCUCGGGGCGGCGAUUUGUCGCUGAAGGAACAAAGGGAACAACUUCGUAGGGCAGUCUUGACGGACUGGCUGCAUAGCUUAGGAAGUCCUACCGCUGGGCACGAACUUAUAGCUGCUAUCCGCCCCGUCUUCUGGGACUGGCUGGAGCGGCGACACGGAGUUUUCUCAUACCGACUGACACAGGUGCUGACCGGUCAUGGCUGUUUCGGUAAGUACCUGUGUCGGAUCGGACGUGAAUUAACUGGAGGGUGUCACCACUGUGCUAACCCAGAAGAUGACGCGAAACACACGUUAUUAGACUGCCCAGCGUGGGCAAAUGACAGACGCGACUUGGUCGCAAAUCUAGACGGGCAAGCGCUCUCACUACCCGCUAUCAUCUCAGCCAUGGUCGGGAGAGAGAGUGCGUGGCUAGCGGUUGCCACCUAUUGUGAAACCGUUAUGUCAGCAAAAGAAGCUGCUGAACGCGAGCGGGAGGUGACUACAGACAACCCGUCGCGGCGCAGGCGGCUUGUGCGUCGAAGACAAAACGACCUGCGACCACCGUAAGGUCGGGCCUGCGGGUGGCAGGGAGGGCACCCUGGCAUCCGACCAGCUAACAGGCCAAGAAGGAGACGGACGUGUCGUCCUGCACGUCCGUUCUUACGAGGAAUGAGGGGUUGGCUUUUAAACCAACCUUUCGAAGAAGUCCAAAAGGACAUAGGCCGGUCAGGGUCGCGCUGAAGCAUGCGCGAGCGAUCCCGUGGCUCUGGCUCAGGCAUUUGAAGGGGCCCGGGGUG